GUCUUAUGCACCACAGCCCGUGGAAGGAAGAUCGUUUAGCCCAGCCAGAGGGAAAGAUAAAGGCCCUCUUGGAUCCAGGUGUCGCCUGGGGAAAAGAUAAGGUCGGUAGUUGGAUCGACGUUUCCAAACCUGAAGUUGGGCUUGUUUCGGGUGAAUGAUGGAAGAGGACCUUGGUGGGGUGCUCGACGGUGCCGCCAUCCGCCCUCCAAGACUCGAGGACGCGGGCCUGGAGGACUGCGCCCUUCCUCCCGAAUCCAUCAUGGAAGCCUUCUCCCGCGCCGCCAUCUCCCUCAGGUCCCGGAUCUCCAACGUCGCUGCAACAGGAGAACAGGAAGAGAAGAGCGAGGACGGCGCUUGCGUCCAAGACCCCGGCCCGAGCAACGGCGAGGUCCCGGACGCCCUUCUUGGCGGUGGCACCACCGAAAGCUCCGCAUCGCUUCUCUCCUGCGGCAGCGAUGGCGGCGUCGAAGAUGAGGAGGAGGGAGGGAAAAGUGGUCAAGAUAAAGUCGUAGUUGUUGGUGGUGAUGGAGAAGGCGAUUUGGCCUCCGACCGGCUUGUGGUUGUGGGUGGGGAGAAAUCGGAGGUGGGAGGGAAGAGAUCUUGUGUUGAGGGUAUCGAGCAAGGAGUCUUUGGAGGGGAGAAGAAGAGGGAACAUGACGAAGAACAAGAAGAAGCGGAUGAAGGGGAUGGCGAUAGACCCAUUUUGAUCGAAGCUCUCAUCUGAGACGGAGAAAACAAAAUCAGAGGGUUUGGAAGGUAUUCAUAAUGCAUGACUGGGAGAAGGUAAAAAAUAUUUGAACAGAGCAUUCUUUAUUGGAACAGGACACUGUUCUUCUGAUAGGCUCUUUCUCUUGGUGGGUGGGGGUGCGUUGGGGAGGGUAUGUAGAUUCUAAUUCCAUCCUGCAUUCUUUAGAUGGUGAUGUGUUCUUGUAUCUAUGUUGUUGAAGGAUAGAACAUGGUCAAGUGAGGAUGAUGAACUCUACAGGUUUCGGUUUUUGUUCUCAACCAAUGAGACUGUAAACACAAUCUUUCUUACUGGAUUGUGAGCAACGUUGCGUUUGAUGCGCUGGAAUUUGCAUGUGCGGAUUAGUGUAUGUCAAUUAUUCUUGCUGGCAAUAUCUAUCUAUCAAUAAAUGGCAAAUGGAUUGCUCAUAUC